ACGAAGAACGGGCCCCUGGGCCCUGUUUCAGAAAGCCGGUUUAGUGCAAACUCUGAGUAAGUAUACCCUGAGUUAACGAAAACUCUGGGUUUUCGGUUUCACAAAGCGAGUUUAGAUUAAUUCUGAGUGAGUUACUAUGACGACACACUCCGUGAAGCUAACCUGCCCCCUAGCAGGUUUACUUCAACUAACCCUGACCUUCUCCGCCUCUUUGUCGGAAACCUGACUGUAGGAAGUGUCAGACAUGGCGUGCCCCUUCCUUGAAGAGCCAGUAGAUGUUGAAGCCCAAAUUCUCCGCAGAGCUCUCCGCCGGGAGAGAGUGAUCAGAGCGUGUUUGGACAUUUUAUCAUGUCCUGAUGAUUUUCUGUGUGAACGUUACCGUUUUUCAGCACAAUCUAUAAUAUAUUUGAAUAACAUCCUCAGGCCUUAUAUUGCUCAUGUGACACAUCGCGGACAUUCUCUCAGUUCUGUACAUAUUAUGUGUAUUGCACUUCGUUUUUUUGCAAACGGGAGCUUUCUGUAUAAUAUUGGUGACGCUGAGCACGUUUCCAAGGCUACCGUCUGUCGGGCAGUCAGGAAUGUUACAGUUGCACUGAAACGUCUCCUGUACUCGUUUGUGGUGUUCCCCGGUCAUAGACCCACAAGAUUUAUCAAAGAGGGAUUCCACAAAAUUGCAGGGUUCCCAGGCGUGAUUGGCUGUAUAGAUGGCACUCACAUGCCAAUCAUUGCUCCCUCAGUAAAUGAAGGAGACUAUGUGAACAGGAAGUCUUUCCACAGCAUUAAUGUACAGAUCAUAUGUGAUGCUGCCAACAUUAUCACAAAUGUGGAAGCCAAGUGGCCAGGCUCUGUUCAUGACUCACGAAUUUUUCGUGAAUGUACACUGAGCACAAAAUUUGGACAUGGAGAGUUCACUGGCUACUUGCUUGGUGAUAGGGGGUAUCCAUGUUUACCCUAUUUGCUUACCCCUUACCCUGACCCUGAACCGGGCCCACAGCAGCGAUAUAAUCUGGCUCAUUGCAGGACAAAAGCCAGAGUUGAAAUGACUAUCGGAAUGCUUAAGCCCCGGUUCCAGUGCCUUCAAAGACUCAGGGUCACCCCAGAAAGGGCAUGUGACAUUAUUGUGGCAUGUGUGAUUCUUCACAACAUUGCCACAAUUAGAGGAGAACACUGUCCUUCUGAACCAAACAUCAGCAGUGAUCCAAACCAUGAACAUCCUGACCCUCCCACGGACAUACAAGAUGGAAGAGCAGUCAGAGACACCAUAUGUCACAAUCAUUUCCUUUGACCCAUCACCUCAACAUGUUGAAAGAAGAAUAAACAGAUUUUCUGUUCAA